ACCGUAUAGCUUAGAUAAAUCUCACCAUGAACCAAGAGAACCAAACAAUCGAGCCGCUACUGCAACAUCAACAGCAAGAAAAAGAAGAAGAUGGCACGACGGCCAUGCAAGGCGGCGGCGGUCACCACCGCGGGAGUAAGCUCACGCUCCUCCCGCUCGUCUUCCUCAUCUACUUCGAGGUCGCCGGCGGGCCGUACGGGGCCGAGCGCGCGGUCAAGGCGGCGGGCCCGCUCUUCACGCUCCUGGGCUUCCUCGUCUUCCCCUUCGCGUGGGGCGUCCCGGAGUCGCUCGUCACCGCCGAGCUCGCCGCCGCGCUCCCGGGGAACGGCGGCUUCGUCCUGUGGGCCGACCGCGCCUUCGGCCCGCUGGCCGGCUUGCUGCUGGGGACGUGGAAGUACUUCAGCUGCGUCGUGAACAUCGCCGCGUACCCGGCGCUCGUCGCUGACUACCUCGGCCAGGUCGUCCCCGGCAGCGGGGCGCGCACGGGCACGGUGGUCGGCAUGACGGUGCUGCUGUCCUUGGUGAACUGCACGGGGCUCAGUAUUGUCGGGUGGGGCGCCGUGGCGCUGGGCUUCGUGUCCCUGGCGCCGUUCGUGCUCAUGACCGGGAUGGCGGUGCCCAAGGUGCGCCCGCGGCGGUGGGCGGUGCAGGCGAAGGGAACGAAGGACUGGCGGCUAUUCCUGAACACGCUGUUCUGGAACCUCAACUACUGGGACAGCGCGAGCACGAUGGCCGGGGAGGUGGAGCGGCCGGAGCGGACGUUCCCGCGGGCGCUGGCCGUGGCGGUGGUCCUGAUCGCCGCCAGCUACCUGCUGCCGCUCAUGGCGGCGACCGGCGCCACGGACGCGCCGCCGGAGGCCUGGGCGAACGGCUACCUGGCCGAUGCCGCAGGCAUAAUCGGAGGGGCAUGGCUCAAGUACUGGAUCGAGGCCGGCGCGGUGCUGUCGUCGGUCGGCAUGUUCGAGGCCCAGCUGAGCAGCGGCGCGUACCAGCUGCUGGGCAUGGCGGACCUGGGCCUCCUCCCGUCCGCCUUCGCCCGCCGCGCCACCCACUUCCGCACCCCGUGGGUCGCCAUCGCCGCCUCCGCCGCGGUCACCCUCGGCGUCUCCCUCCUGGCGUUCGACGACGUCGUGGCCUCCGCCAACUUCCUCUACAGCCUGGGCACGCUGCUGGAGUUCGGCGCCUUCCUCUGGCUCCGCGCGCGCCUGCCCGGCCUCAAGCGGCCCUACAGCGUGCCGCUCCCGCUCCCCGCGCUGGCGGCCAUGUGCGCCGUGCCGUCCGCGUUCCUGGUGUACGUGUGCGCGGUGGCCGGGUGGAGGGUGUUCGCGCUCGCCGGCGCCCUCACCGCGCUCGGCGUCGGCUUGCACGGCGCCAUGAGGCUGUCCAGGUCCAAGAAGUGGCUCAGGUUCAACACCGCCGCCGCCGAAGAUCACCAUGGAAAUCAUGCGGCUGGAUACAGGGUUUGAAAUUUUUGUGCUGCCACGCGCAGAAUAGAGCGGAAAGAGUUAGCUGCUCCAGCUUUGAAGCAAGCAAUCUAGGUUUGAAUCCCGUCGAAUGCGCUUUCGCUAAAGCGGAGGACGGUCCGGCCGGGGGCAACCCGUACCUAGCCUCCAAUGAUGCAGGAGGCUACUUUAGCUUUUGGCCUUUUAGAAUAAAAUGGAAAGACGGGAUAUGUAAAAAUUCAUUGUAUUAAUGUGUCGCAUAAAACAAAAUUAUUGUGCCAAGGACUCAAA